UCUCUGCCUUAAGUGGUUCGGUCCUUUCCGUUUACAACAAAUUUUAGGCCGGUUGGUUUAUUCUGUACAUGUCACUACGUAUGUUCAGAGUCUUUUCGUUUUUUAAUACCCCUUUCGUUAGUUAAUUACCUCGGAAUCAUGUAAAUAAAUAGUGAAAUCCUAGAAAGUCAGACGAUCGAUAAAGUUAACUUCCGUCCUUAUCAAGUUGGGCAAUCAAAAAUGACCGAUCUCAAUCAUAAUGGGACAAGCCUGGGUGGUAGUGAAAUUGGACAGGCAUCUCAAUGGAAUUUCACCAAGACCAUCCAGACUACUCUGGAGGACAUAGAGAUUGAUGCCAACUUUGCAUGGCUGAUAUUCUCCCUCCUGAUUGCUAUGUUUUGGUUCACCUAUAUUACACAUUACAGUGCUCGUGUCAUUGGCCAAAUACUCACUCGGUUGUUAAACAGAUUUGUAAUUGGAAGUGGAUAUUUAAGAAUAGGUUCACUCACAUUUGAUGUGUUAGCAGGAAAAAUUAUGUUUCGUGACAUUGUUUACACUAGUGAGGAUUUUAGUAUUAGAAUUCAAGAUGGCUGGCUAGUGUUUCGAUGGUGGAGAUCCUAUGUGCCCAAAGAUAUAACAGAAGACUUGUCACAUUCAGAUACUCGGUUGUCGCUAAUGCUUAACGGUCUUGAAUUGCACAUUUAUAAUCGUUCCAACUUGUACAACGAACUUGAAAAGAUAUUUGGUUUGGAAUCAUUAAUCAUACCAAACGAGGGUAAUGGAAAUCUGGGCAAUAGUUCAGUUAACAAAACCACCAGUAAAGCAUCGACUUCAAGUAAAUUAACCGAUGAAGAAUCGAAUAGUCAAGGCGCAAGAGUUCUCGGUCGUUCAUGGAGAGACUUAAUUCCAGUUAUUAAAGUGGAAAUAUGUUGCGGCCGGGCGGUAUUUGGAAAUCGGCUAGUACCCACGACUCUUUGUCUUUCGAUGGAGGAAGGUUAUAUGGUCUACUCAACGAAGCCCGCAAUGUCCAAGCUCGACCAUUUCGUUCACGUGGUCACGUGUCGAGCAGAAAAUUUCAAAGUAACGCUUGCACCAAGUUUAAAAUAUACGGGUUUAAAUGAUGAGCCGCCUAGGCUCAUGGGCGAAGGCUUCGUCGUCCUCUCUUCCAACACCAUCGAUUUUUAUUACUACAUGGACGAGCCAGGAAUCGUGCCUGAAGUGCCUCUUAUGAUUGAGCUGGCCAAUGGAGAUGUUGUCGAAUGCCAUGCUCCUGUAUGGGGUCUGGACAUUCGAUGCGGAAAAGGAACCGAUUUCAGUUACGGUCCUUGGGCUGACAGAAAGCGGGAACAGCUUUUCAAAUUCUUCUACCCCCCAAAUUAUCAGCCUAUGAAGAUUACAUCUCCACCGCGACCAGGCGAAAAAAGAACGGUACAAUCUUUUGACAUCCGCUUUAGCACUCUAAGCGAAGCCACUGUGGAUGUGUUGUUCACAAAAUGCAAGGAAACGAACGCCAUUCACAUGACAAUUGGCGCUGGAUCCUACUUGGAAAUAACUAUUCCAUGGACAGUGAAAUCUGAUGGUUGUGCGACAAAGAUUUCUGGCCAACUCCUCCAUGUCGAUGCUUCUACAAGCUUGCAGUAUCGAAGUUUAAUGGAAGCCGAAACGUUGAAAUUCGCGGUUUUAAUGCAAUAUCCGGUUGCUUGGAACGCGCACCAAAGUUGGAAUUUAUCAUUAACAGGAACGAAAGCCACAUUGCAUCUUAUAUACGAGCAUCGUUAUUUCUUUCAAGAUCUGAUCAACGACUGGUCGUCAAGGAAUCCAGCCGAUUUACUAUAUUACAUCCCCUAUACUUGGUUCCUUAAAUUUUGCCUCAAAGAGUUUGAGCUAAUAACAAUUGCCAAUCAGUACAAUUGGGUUGACUGUUCUUCACAGCGUCAAGAAAAUGCUUACGCGGCAUUUAGUGGAGAUUUUCUCGAGCUUGCCUUUGCCCUUCCGUUCAACGAUUUCCUUCCCCCAACAAUGGAACUGAAAUUCCAAAUUCAAGGUGAGUCACUUGAUAUGAAUGUGCAGUUGCCUGAAAUGUCCACCAGCCGACCGGUCCUUUUGGCGCUUGCAGCGCAUGCACGGACAGCUAAUAGAUCUGCGGAGCCCAUACGAAAUGAAACGCCAAUUGACUGCGAUAAAGAACGUUGGCGUAACUUAGUCAAACGUUCUGAGGGCUGGGUCCAAUGCUGGACAGUGCCAGUCAUUUCACUCGGCAUCCAAUACACUUACCAUCCAAUGACACCCCCGGGACCGGCGCCUCAGGCCAACGUGCCAACACCAGAGAGGGAAGAACUGCUUCUGACUCCGGUCCGUUUCCCUGUUCCCACCACUUCGUCUCUUCAAGUCCCGCUUAGAAACGGUCGACCGGCCACUUUGGAAUUCGAUCCGACGACCUUAAAGGCAGACCAGGUCACUGUCGAAAUAGAAUUGGGUCCGUCUGAGUUAUUCGUCUAUGGAACUGUUCUCCGAGUUUUCCUUAAUCUCAAGGAAAAUAUUUUUGGGGAAGAUCAAAGGAUGGCUGAUAUGGAUCCAUCAGCUGCAAUGCUUGACAUGGAGAGAACGGGUAAAAAUGAAUCGCUUAACCGAAGUGCUGAUCCUAUUCCCGAUACAAGCGCCGCGAUGGAAGAGAGCGUCAUCGACGUGCGCAUUGGUCGACCUCUGCAUGUGAACGUCUCUGUCACAAUGCAUGAUAUUAAUGCCCAUCUAAUGAAGCAUUGUAGCAAAGACGAUCCACCGUGCCCAACUGUUUUUCUGGAGAAACUCAGUUUUGAAAUGAACAAAACAUUCCUCGAGACUAAACUCCAGCUCCUCGUAUCACCGGCAGUUUUGUAUUCAACGGACACUGUCCUACGGACGGCAGAGAGUUGUCAUCUUCAACAGGGAUUUUUAGUAUUGUCAGCGCUACAAGUCCGUGGGCACGCAAUGUUCAGCCCGACUGGGCGAGCUAUUGAUGAAGAGACAAUCGAGUACGCAUGGAUGAUAGAGGCUACAUUGGGCCAGCUGACGGGUCGGAUGACUCUGCCUCAACUGCAACAUGUCACUGCCGGACUAGAAGUCUUUCUUCGUUUAGCGUUGGACGAGGAAAAUCAAAUGAUCCGUCCACCGAAGAGCCAAACCGCUUGCCACCACGGCACUGCCCAGCCGCUUUGUCCAUUCUCUACAACACCUAACCAAUCCGCAAUCAAUCUGCCAACCACCUUGGGUUCGUUGUGCCCAUCGUCGGAAGAUAUUAAGUAUCGCAUGACUCGUCUUUCUAUCGACCUGAUUGAUUUUGCUCUAGUAGAAUCGGGCACGGCCGUCACAUUACAGAUCUACCCACUACGAUUGGCAACAUGCAAUUUGCAUACACGUCGGACUCACGCAGGCGUAUCCAUCCUAAUGCCAAAAGUGCACCUACGUCAAUAUUUGAACACCUCUCGCGGACCAAACCUCGACAGCUCGUUCACAGCGCUAAACGCCACGGAUCGCUACAAGUCAGGAGCUGUCAAAAUGAGCAGCAGCAAUAGCACCUGGAAUCGAACGCAAGCCAGCGGCUAUUCACGUUCAAGCGUCGAAGAAUUGUACGCGAGCCGGGAGAAGCCGCACAGCCCCAUCGGCAGCCAUCGCAUUGAUUUUGAAUCGGCUGCUCCGAUUGAAAACGGAAUCCCUUGUCAGGAAUGGCUCGAAGUUGGUCUCGUUGAAAUCGGACCCAUCUACGUAGAUAUUGGAUCAUCGGCCGACCAUUGCCGGGUCGAUCUACCCGCACUUCAAAGCGCUUUUCUACGACUUCACGACACUCGUACACAUCGUAUGUGGUUCCUCUGGGAUAAUCUCGUUGAUUUGAACGAAGUAGCCGCCCCAACCGAUCCUGCUGGCCAGCCAAACAGAAAUGUAGGCAAAUGCGGUUGUCGUGGUGGGUGCGCAUUUUUCGGACGCAAUUUUAACGGUUUCGGCUUUUUCAAUUGUCACGAAGACGAUUCACAAGGAAAUUCUGAUCAUUACGUUGCCCUGGCUAAUCCGAUGUUAAGUCGUGGAACCGACCUCGCUUUUAGCCAAAGUAUUUUGAGAACGGAUGUGUUUUUAAUUGAUUUCGAUCCACCAUCCAGAGGCAAUUCACCUCCGAUGGCUGCGGCAUCGAAAGAACGACCUCAAUCGGAUGUCAGCAAUACUAGCACGAUGAAGAACGUGCAUGGGGUACUGAUCCUUCCUGAGAAAGCGUUGCAUUCAAGCCACGUCACGAACUUGGAAGAAACUGGAGAAGGGGAUGAAGAAUUGAAUCAAUUAACCAAUUUCAAAACGCUUUCGAGGAACAGGAUGUCGUUACGUGAAUUGGAAAAUCAAUCGAUGCAACAAAAUGGAUCCCGGCAACGUGAACUCGGCACGGCGAAUUCUACCCCAUCUCUUCCGAUGACCAGUCCUGGAACAAAAAGAAUUUUCUCUGGAAAACGGAUGUCUGGACAAAAUUCUAUGCCAGCGCUAGCCGAUGAGUCCACUGUCGAAUACAGACAUCCAUUUGUGCGACGUAAGCGUUCCACGAUAUCCUCCAGAACGAGCCGAACUGAAUCGCAAUCUGAACUUUAUUAUUCGGCAGAAGAAGAUGAUGAUGAUAUUGCGGAUAGUUCUCCAUCAGACGAACUCGUUUCGUUCCCCGCUAGUCUACCAGAUGACACCACUAACCUCAUCAUUUCAGAUGGCAGUCGAAAUGGAAGAUGCUCCGCAGCUUCGUCCUCCUCUUCGUCAACGAGGACUUCACCUUCAUCCAGCACCCGCAUGAGCAGCCGUCCUACAUCGAGGACAUCCAACAUCUCUUUCAAUUCCGCCGUAUCAUCCGCCGAUGAUUUCUCAUUAGUUGACCUUCAUCUGCAAUCCGCACGUCCCGUAGUCGACUCGCCUCUUCUUCUGACCAGCUACAUGUCCCAUUUAGGAGAGGCGGAAUGCCCUCAUUGGUCCCAACCAGCACCUAAAUUUCCAACUGAAAUCCGACAAUCAGACACAUCGAAACUUCGAUUUCAUAUGACUAAAUCUGGAUUUUCAUCUUUCCGGCUGGUCGAUCGCCCGCUGAACACGCCUGGCCAUCAAGGAGCCGGUUUCGGGUUUUUCGCCCCGCAUUCAAAGGAACCAGCUGAAAAAGCCGGCCAGCCGUGGGUCUGGGACACUAGUGAAGAAGAAAGACCUUCAGGUACGAGUGGAGCAAAAUCCGAAAGGUGCGAUGCGUCCACUGUCCUCGUGAAAGUAGGCCGACCGAUCCACGUCAUGUGCUGCCCGCUGAGUCUGGAAUCCGCCCAGCGCUUUGUCGAGUCGUUGGUGCCCACUCUGGAACACCUUCACCCGAUGACGUUGAUGACGCGCGUUUACGGGCGCUGCAUCGGCCACGUCGAGUCGCAAAAUCCGCUGAAAAAGCAACGCAUGGCCUUGCUGGAACAGAAAACCGGGCCCGCUUUGUACCGCGAUUUAACCGUCUACCAACUGCGCGGUUCCAUUCAAAUUCCGCGCAUUAAUCUUUGUUUGCUGCAAGCUGGCAUAGUCGAACAAUUCAUAUCGUUAUCCAUGCUGGACAAUCCUCGAGAUCUCGUCUGUGUUUCAUCAGCGGCCGUUUGCGUCGACGCUCUUUCCCUUCACUUCUCUCAAAAUGUGCGAGAAUGUCGAUGGGUGCAGGCCGUCAGUCGUCCCGUGGAACAAAGACAAAGCGGAGGUAAUAAGAGCUUCUUUGCUAGCGUUCAAAAACCCAAGAGCAGACCGGGCAAAUCUCUCGGAGUUCCAGAGAUUGUCUUUGUCGAAUGGACGCAAACUGAAAACGAGCAGAUCAUGGCCAGCGGGACCUUAGGUAAAAUUCACCUUCAAAUGAGACGGCUUAACAACGACACGCCUUCGUUAACCCCUGGACUUCCUCCCGACAAUGUCACGGCAACGGUGAUACCCACAGGAUGUUCCAGAGUCCUUUUUAGUUACGCCAACGACCUCGACCUUUCGGCUCAAUCGUUUCCAAUCGUUUCAGACGAAGAACGUUAUGGCAGUGUCGUGUUCGAGUGCGGCCUUCAAGGUCUCAACAUCCGUGCCGUUAAACGAGUGUCGAACGUCCUCGAAAGUGGCAAUACCAGCGAAAAAAAUGAUCCUAAAGGAUCGAUCGUUACCACCGUCGAAAUGGAAACGAUACCCAACGAAACCCCGUAUGUGGAUGACCAACCUCCGGGGUCCGCACCGAGCCAUUCUAGUCACAUUUCGUUCAAACAGCGCUCGGAUAAAGGGACACCCACUUCGGCCGAAGAUGCGCAUCAUCAACAAAAUGCUGGGCUGAGUCGGCCACAGGCCGAAAAGGACUUGUCGUCUUGUUCGCUUCAAAUUCAAGCCGUUUGGUUGAGCUUUGCUGCUCCUCCUCGAACCUCACCCGCAAAGAAAUCUGAGUUCGCGCUUUUAGAUCGCAAUUUAUUAUCGACAGCUUCGCCUGCCAUUAACGCGUGGAUGAAUUCCGGGGAUCGAUUGGCCAUCACGGUGAUGCAGCUCGUCCGCGCGGCCGAAACGCGAUCACUUAGCGUUCUGGCAGGGCUCAUGGCCGAAGCUCUAGACGUCCAGCAGAUCCAUUUGCCGAUCAAGAGCAAAUACAACUGUUUAUCACUCAUGUCGCGGACAUUGCAAGAGGAUCCAUCGUGUCAGCUCAACUUGGUGCUGCAUCGCUACGUCUUGAUGUUGAGAAACGAGUGGGCGACGUUGGAGGCCCGUCUUGCGCCCAGCAUAGUCCCACCGUUAUCGACCUUAAAGCAAGGUGUGAUCGUGCUCGGCCGUCAAUGGAAGAGCGCCAUUUACACACCUUUCAUGCUGACGUAUUCCUUGCAUAAGAACAGCGCGCAAAAGGCUCCAGCAAAUCUCAGCGUCCCAAUCAACAGCCAUUUGAUGGGCAGAGAUCCGGGUCGACUUCAUUUGGCAUCGAUGAGAAGUGGACCCCCAUCCGCAGACCUUGACGAAGAUGAUCGCCUGUUGGCCGGCCACAACGAAGCGGAGAGCUCGUGGAUAUCGUCGGAUGAAUCGAGUCUCGUCCUCAGUCCAGCUGACCUCAACGAAUCCAGUUUACCUCUUCUGGGUAGGGCUUCGCAACCAUCAUCUCCACCGAAGAUGUCAGCCCUUCGUCGCAAAUUGACAAGUGGAACACAUCCAUCCGGAUUCGGCGGCAGUUACGAAUUGAAAACAAUUUCGGCGUCCAGCGCCGAAGAUGAAAAUGAGGACGAAGACGCAACAGCUCCGCUGCGCAAAACCGAUAAAAAAGAAUCGAAAGAAGAGUUUGAUCUCUACAACUGGCUGGCCAGGCAACAGAGGAGCGCUGUUAAACCGGAUCAGGCUAAACCGACACCGACGGAACCUCAGCCUCAACAACAGCAAUCGUCUGAUCAGAAACAGCCUCAUCAGCAGUUCAAUUUGUUGGUAGACACAAGGGCCAUCUUCGUCUCCCUCUUUGCCAGCGUGGGCCUGGAGAGCAAACGCACGCUAUCCGACGUCCUCUCGCUGAGCGGGAGCGCGUCAGUGCUGGGCGGAAUCGAAGAGCUUCGGGUUGAAAUCUUCGAAAGCGAAUGGAAUCAAACUGGAUCUUCAUCGCGGCGUUCCAAAAUGAGCAAAACAGCGGGACAUGCUAGCGGGAGAGGAAAGAAUGCGCCCGGCGGGCACAAGUUCAGCGUGUACAUCCCACCGGAAGUGCCGGCGUUUCUCUGCGAACGCAUGUCGAUCGAAAUUCAGGUGAAUCAAGUGUCGGAUGGCGGACUACUGGGCGCUGGUGGCACUUGUUGCGAUGAAAGCACAGGUGGCGUUACAGGUCGGGGUCCGUCGGCCGAAUCUGAAACUCCAGCAGCAUCUUCAUCAGUAGCUGCCGCAGGUGGAACAGGAUUCCUAGGACAAAUCGGCCUGUGGAAACCCCAACGGACUACAGCUCUGAAUUUCAGCGUAUCCGUCGGUUAUUUGGCCCAGCAGGUGAACAUGCCCCUCUUGCGGCUACUUCAUCAACUAAGUAGUGUUUACGGCAAUGCGAAAGCAACGCAAGUCCAGCUCAGAGAACAGAGGCCGUUAAAACGCGGACCCGAUCCUCUUCGAGCUCUGACUGUCAUCUUCGAUUCUCCAGAAUCUACUCCAUCACCUCCACUGCCGCAACGGCCCAUCCAAUCAGAACCGGAGCCUUCACCUUCCAUCCAAUCGGAGUCUAUUCAAUUUGGCAAUCGUUCUUUCAGGCCGCCGAGCUUUUUGGCCAACAGACUUCGUUCCAGCUCGCGUUUUGCGAAAAUGUACGAUCAAGAAGAUAAUCCUAUGGUUGUUCCAACCACUUUGGCUACAGAUACGAGCAAACACGUUCAAGAUGGCGUUGAUCCAUCGCCAACUCUCGCGUCCGCCACGGCCGCCACUGUUGGUUUGCCUAGUUGCUGGCGCACUAUUUACCAUCUAUUGGAUUUGUAUUCGUCCAUGACAGCGGCCAGUACGGUCAAUAAACAACAUAGCAUCAGCGAGCCGUCGAACUGUGCUACAGGCGAUGCCGAGCUCGGAUUGGGCCCUACCCCGGCCCCGAUUCGAGCUGAUAGCCGUCCACCCAAUGCCGGUCAUACCACUGUGGUGGCAUCUCGCUCUGAACGAACUCGCAUUGUUGUCUUUGGCAUCAUGAAAGUGAAUCGCGUCCGGCUGCUGGCCAUGCUUAGCGGCCUUCGCCUCGAAUCAGAAAUCGUCUCACUUCAUACCAGUUUAACCUACAAAGAAAAAGUUCGGGUUGGCGGGUUGCCCCAUCGACCACCUUUCCAGCACAACUUCCCACGCAUGGAAUGCUCUUUGACGGGCCAUUUGGGCCGUGCAAUGAUCGUCUUGCUAGAGGGUGUCGCCCCAAGUCAGCAGACGGUAGUCAAGAUUACCGUUGGCAAGUCGCAGGCCUUGUAUUCUAGAUUGUCCCAUCAUGGUAAAGACAAAAAUUCAGGCCUACUCUCGAUCGGGGCCGUCCACGUGGACAUCCCGCAGCAUCCAGGUGUUUUGCACGGCAUGAUGACACGUGGCUCUAAACAGCUCUCUUCGACCUUACAAGAAUUCAGAGUCCCUCGAUUGGCCAGCCGCAACACUGGACGGAAUACAAGCACUAUCCCUGAUGAGCUGGAUCUAGUUGCCGGAGGACUCGUUGCUGGAGGCAGCGGUGUCUUUGGAACCAACGCCAACGCUCUCGGCCCAUUAUUACAAUCGCCACCCAAGGAGAUCCCUGCUCCGACCGUGGAACAUCGUUCCGUCGGGGGGAAAGUCGAACGUGAAGCCACCACCAAUCUUCUCCAGCCAUUGGUUAUGCAGUUCUCUAUUGUCCUGCAGCGGUUGAGCAUUACGGCAGCUCUGCUCCCUUCGCUGCAAGCUCAGUACCAGAUGGAACAGGUUGUCAGCGCUGGCGUGACGGGCAGCAAAGCCAAGUUCGAUAUCGAUUUGCCUCGACACUCGUUGAGUUUCACGACCAAGCUUCAAAUCACGGAAAAUCUACCACCGUCGGCGUCCAUCGAGCUCCCUCAAGUCCACGUCGGCGCCGAAUACCUGCAGGACAGCGUCAAAACGGAGGAGUUUGUGGAUGGAGUGGUGCUCUGCCGAGGCAAUUACCUGAGUGCUGUCGCUGAAAUCGGCACCUUCGAACACAGUUUGACCACAGAUCUCCUCAACCACUUGGUCUUUGUCCAAAAGGUCUUUAUGGCCGAAGUCAACGACGUCUUGAACAAAGUUUCUGGCGGUGACAAGCCCGUCCCCCUCUGGGAGGAACAACCGGCCGAUCAUCAAGAUGGCAACUCUUCAGCGAUGCGGAUGCUUCUUUAUCACCUCAUCGUCCGUUUGAAAGGCAUCCAGAUCACGGCGACAACGCCAACCAACACGGCCGUCCGGCUGGAGACGGGCCUCGUCGAAUUGCAGCUCUCCAACAGAGUGCAGAACGUCUUUUCUCAGAGCAACGGACGCACUGCCGGAUCUUUCGCACCUCCGUCCGCUUCGUCGUCGGCGCAAGCUUCUCGCCCGGCCAAAUUAUUCGGUCGGGCAAAAGUGGAUUUGAAUUUGAGCCUCGGCCAGCUGAUCCGCAAUCCGCUGUUCGAAGAAGCCGAAGCCGAGUUCCAGCAAGUGGCUUUUUUCAAGACGCGCAUCAGCUUGCGCAACGCCUUCCAGGACGAGUUGACUCCCAACGAGACGGGCGGAGUCGAUCCGGCUGCCGACAAAGAAGUCGUGUUGAUCACGCUCACUCGCCCGCUCAUUUACCUCCAACCGGUGGCCGUCGACAAGGCCAUCCUCGUCUGGCUUAAUUAUAAGAACGCCUACGAAUACUGGACAGAGCAACGCGGUGGAUGGAUCAAAGACGAAUCUCUCGUAGCCGAUAAACCGGACAAGCUGGACAAACUGGGCCAACUGACUAGCCAACUAGGAGCCCCUAGUUUGGGUACACUCUUUCUCCAACUGACUGUAGAUGACAUGGGAAUUUGCAUGCCACUCAACAUGGCCCCGUCCAGCAUAUGGGCGGCCAACGGAGCUGGACGAUCCGAGUCGGCCAACCGACAGGGCCAUUCGUCGGAGCCGGAAAUCUGCAGCGCCGUCGUCGUAACGCUGGAAAAUUCCAGCAUUUCAGCUUGCAGUUCCGGAUCUUUGGUCAGCAAAGGCAAGUUCACCGGACUCUGUCUCCGAUUCGCCGAUGAUUUUGAGACUGGGCUGGAUGAUUGGAAACCGGACAUGGACGAUCCGGCCAUCAUGAAUUUGUGCGUCGUCUCGGAGGGGACUUACGAGGUCUGCAGUCGGACGGUGACUCCUCCGCAGCAUCAACACGGCGAAAACGCCAAAUGGAUCCUGCACGUCGGAUGGCAGAUGGAAGGCGUCGACACUCAUUUCGACACGUCCAUCGGCCGCCAGUUUUCGGCCCUCGGGCACACGUUAACCGGUUUAACUGGAAGCGAGGAGGAAGAAGGAGAAUUCGGUGAUGAUUACGAUGGUGUAGGAAUUGACGGAGACGAGCGGAGUUCGCCGGCGGCCAGUCCGUGCGAUGAUAUGGAAGGAUCAGCGCUCGGGGCCAGCACGGACGAAGAUGAAACGAUCAUUGCCGAUGCGCAGGAUCUUAACGAAGCCGUGGAAUUGCGUCGCCGUCGCGGCAGGAUCGAACGGGCCGUGACCAUCAGCGAGACGGUGGCAACGAUGCCGCGAGGUGGACGUCAUCGUUCCAAACUCAUCGAGAAAGAAAUGAGCGAACAAGCGCGAAUUAUCCAGGAUUUGAAAUUGUUAGGAGCCAGUUCGGCUACGGUCGAACAAGAGAUGCGUAGACUUCAAGAACUGGAAGCUUUGGCUUCGAAAGAUUUCCGUCGGGUCAUGCUCCAGCGAUUGAAAAGGCAAAGCGUGAAAGCUUCGUCCAUCAUCACAGAUCAUCCGGUGACGUCCACAUCUCUUUCUUCCGUAUCGGCUAACGCGGCUAAUCAGCGGCCGGCUACUUUACAUCACACGCAGUCUCAGCGAGUACCUCUGCAGAGUCAAACGAAUCAUCAAAGGUCCAGGUCUGUUGUCGUUCCACCAGUAGUUUUGGAUCUGGAAACUAGCGGGCAUGGUUCCACGGAUGAUUUCUUAUUGCGCGAUGCCCAGCGUUUCCUUCUUCCGCCAAUCGAAGGAAGUCCACCCAUGAGCUGCCUUCCAACGCCCACUAGCGAUGCUUAUCGCGGGGGUACUACUGGAACUAGGCGGCCGAGAACACCAACUUCAUCGAUGGCCGGAGGGGGUCCGUCGUUAUUGGAACAGGACAGGAGCGGGGCAACCUCAUCGGCGGAAAACCCGAGCGGUGUGGGUAGCGGAACUAGAAAUUCCAGCGAACCCAGUGUCGAUCUGGAACUCGAUUUCAAAGUGUUCAUCAACAGCGGAAAAUGUGUUUUACACACGCGCGAUACCCGUAACGACGAAGUGCUUCGUCGCAUGAAAAAGGAGCGUUCGUUUUCCAGCUCCGUCCUGGACACUACCGCCAACCCGCAUCAACCCAGCCCCGCACCGGCUCGCAAACCGGGUAGACCCGAUAUGCGCCACAACGCGUCAACGUCUCGCCUGCGCGUCUUGGCCAAUAAUACGGCCCAAAUGGCGGUCGAUUUGACCAUCUUCCACAUUCCUGGAUUGGACGUUAAAGUUUAUUACGAAUCCAAAACCGUUCACGAAGAGACAUUACACAUUCCUACACCCAUCAACGCUUCUGCCUCACCCGUAUCUUCAGCGACCAACAAGGGCAAAUUGUCAAACAAGAAAGGAAGUCUCUUUGCCUGGAUGACGCUACACAGCAUUCCAGAAGAAACGAUCAUAAGCCCCCACAUUUUGGAAUUCCUGGAACAAGCUCUGGAGCCUAUUCCGAUCACAGCUCCCGAAGCCAAACCAACACCGACAUCUGCCACAGAAAAUUCAGGAUUGUUCAUCUUCGAUGGACCGCCAUCGACAGGUUCUCCAGGUGGUUCCACAACGGCGUCGUUUCCAGUUGACGUUGUCGUCUAUUGUCACGUCCAGCCUUCCACAUUCCGAUUCUCUUGUCUGCCCGUCUCGCGCGUCGAAUGCCUUCUCCGGCUUCCGUCGCUACACCUCGUCUUCUCUUCGAAACGAUCCGAAAACCAAGCGCUGACUGGAGGUGGAUUAAGCGUGACGGGAUGUCUGUCGGAUUUCUCCCUUUACAUCUUCCAUCCGUACGGCGGAGGCAAGAAGACGGGUGCCGCUUCGUCCUCUUCCAGGCGCGAGGCCCCCGAAGCCGAAAGCGAACGCAAGGACUCGUUGAGCGUCAACGUCGAGUUCGUCAAGUUCAACCUGUCGCGUUCCAGGAAAGUGAAUUUCAGCCCGAGGACGGCCGCAGAGGCCGCAAAUCGAGAGCCACGUAACGGCCGAGAUAGCGCCAGUGAUCCAGCUAAAGCCGUCGUUCGUUUCUCGACGCUCAUCGACAUCGGUUCGGCCAGUUUCAAGUACGACAUGCGUCGUCUGCCCGAAAUAUUAGCAUUCCCUAAAGCUUGGUAUCGAAGAGCUAUCGUCCGUCAUCUCUUCCUCGGCGAUUUGAGCAAAACGGACUCAUCGGCACCGGAUCUCGUUCCACCUGCCAGUCGGGAUCUCUGGGCAGAGUUGCAACCCGAUCAAUCCGGGUUAUCUCCUGCCUCUGCGUGGGAGACGCUGGUCGUCUUUGCCGUCAACUUCACCAAACUCAACGUCCACAUGAACAUGGGCAACGUGAUGGGCAAUGUCUCUUGGCUGACCAAAGAUUUUAAAGCUGAUGGCCGUCUGUCGAUCGGUAGCACUGGGCACAAGAACAUGCACAUUGGCAUCGGCCUGGAAGGCUCCGGAUUAGACGCCAAAGGUGGUAUCGUCGGUGGUACCAUUGAAUUGAGCGGCAUCCACACAUCGCUGUCCAUCCGAGAAGAUCCCGGGACGGAACCAGAUCAUCGGAUGUCCGUCAAACUCCAAGUGCUGGAAUGCCGUUUGGAUUAUAUGGGCACUAGCGUCUUGAUGGGCCGAGUCAGUGUACUGGCCGUCGAUUUGCGUGACGAGUGGCGCAUCGGUAACCUCAUCAAAAGUCCGGACAAGGUGCCAGCCAGACGGACAUCGAUUGCUUCGUCGCCUACCAAAAGGCCGGCCAUGAUUUUCAUUCAUGGCGACCUCGGAUGGGAUCAGCUUCAGCUGAUGAUAUCCAAAUCCACCACGGCCGAUUUGAUCAAAAUGUACCUCAAGCUGGACGAAUUCUUCCAGCAACAAUUCCGGAGUAGCAGGCGCAUCUUUUCGACCUUGUCGGCCACCGGAGGCGGUCACAGCAGCAUCCGUCGCAAAGGUGGAGGGAAAAAUGUGCCGGCCAAAAUAGCCGUAAGUGCAGAACCGGCCGGCCCUACUCUGGAAGCCCAACAUCACAGACAUUGGCAAGGCGUCUUGAGACGUGUGGCAGGCCUGGAAAUCGCCACGUUACCCACUCCCUUGCCGAUGACGGGCACCAUCCUGGGCGGAACGAUGGAACUUCACGGUGGACACAUUUCGCUCGCCUGUUUCCAUGGUGUCAAUUUCAAGUCCAAAUCCUGGGCGCUUUUUAGCCUCAAAGAUCCUUGCGUCUCGUUUGCCACCGAAGCUCAAGAGAUUCCAGGAGAUUCUGAUCCGAAGAAUAUCCACGUUGUUCAAAAUCUAUCGUUUAGUCUGGGAUUAAGUGGACCUGGCUCUCAUACACCUGUUGGUAUUGGUUAUCGCGUUAUCGAGCAGCAGCAACAGCAAAACAGCCCAGCAUCUAUGGCCACAGUUUGUCGCAUAUCCCGCACGCAACUCUUCCCGCCCCAAUUCAAAACGAUCCAGGAUUGGUUCCUUUACGCUUUCGCUAACAGCCGGCUCGACGCCAUGGAGCGAUUUCCGAGUUUGGAACGGGAGCGGGAGCGUUCAAGUUCCGGUGCUCCGCACGUGUCAGUUAAAAUUCCUGAUUAUCAUCACGCUGCCGAGAUCAUUUUCGCAUUCCCCAGUCUACAACUCCAUCUGAAAUCAGAGCAUUUGCAAACUGGCUGUGUACCUUCAUUGACAGAAGAAAAACCAAGCGUCGAUUGCAGUUUCAUUACGGAUUUCGAAGAUCAUAUUUUCGUGACGGUCGAUGCCGAGGCAUUCUUUUUCCUACACGAUCUUAUAUCAUCGUACGUCCGUGAGAAAGAACGAGUGAUUCUUGCCUCGGCGGCCAGCAAUCAACGGACUCAAAGUCCUGAACUUCAAAAGGCAGCUAUGGGUAGCACGACAGCUAGUUCCACCUUGGCCGAGCCCAGCCAAGGAAGUCCUGGCACCAAUAAUCCAUCGCCUUCGCUACAGCCAACCAACGAAGAUGAAAAGAAACGUCGUAUUCUCGAACAGAUCGACUGGCGCAGCUACGAAUGCAAAACUUGGCAUUUAGAACCAACUGUCCGGUUACUCUCUUGGGCUGGUAAACGAAUCGAGCCGUACGGAGUGGAAUAUAUUCUUAACAAGUUGGGCUUCUCGCAAGCUCGGACAACUAUCCCGAAAUGGGUUCAACGCGGCGCCAUGGAUCCGCUCGACAAAAUACUUUCUCUAGUCUUGUCCCGCACGAUCGCCGCCCAGCGCGCCAAAGUGUCGCAGGCCGCUAAUUCCACAUCACCUGGCGGUGUCAUCAUCGGGAGCAGUGGGGUCGUGAGUUCCAAUAACACAGUCAAUAGCGCUCGACCGUCGACAAAGUGAAACAUUUCACACUGCCUACUUUGACUUUGAUAGCGAUCCACAUCGUUGUUGUUUUUAAAGAAAAAUUGUUUAUGUCUUUUCGACAAUGUAUUUCUGUUUUUGCCUGUAAACAACGAUUCUAGUAGGGGUGAGAAAGGGGAGAGCUUAUGAAAAACGAGAGUUAACAAUAAUAAUAAUAACAAUAAUAAUGAUACAAUAAUAGGCAAUCGAUUUGCAUGACUGUAAUUUUUGUAAUAUUUGAUUGUGUUUAAAAUACACGUUUUUUCAAUGGUG